AUGUCUCUACAUAUCACCGUCUUCCCCGCCUCAACGCAAUCCGGCAGGGAGACCAUUCGUGCCCUCCUUGAUUCAGACAGCAAGCCCAAGGUCAGAGCUAUCUACCGUAACCUGGCCAAAGUACCAGUCGAGUUCAAGGAGCACCCAAACUUUGAGGCAACCCAGGGAGAUGUGGCGACAGGCGAGGGGCUGGACUUUAGUAGCUCCCAAGCCAUCCUGUACAUACCCCCGGUGACUUAUGACGGUACUGAUCAAGGCGAAUUCGCUACCCAAACGGCCCAGAAUGUGAAAGAAGCGAUUCAACGAGCCCCAAGCCUCAAAAAGCUGAUUCUUCAUUCUGCUAUGGGAGCGCAAUACGACCAUGGAAUUGGAGUCCUCAGAUUGAACCAUAUUUCUGACAGAAUUCUCGAAUCGGUGCUCCCAGAGGUGCAAAUUGUCAAACCUGGGUGGUUUUUCGAAAACUGGGCUGAUGCUCUGAAAACCAUGCGGUCAGACAAUCCGAGCUUUGAGUCCACCUUUUCACCACCGUCUCAUGAAAUUCCUAUGUUGAGUGUGAAAGACGUCGGUGAUUACCUCGCCCAGGCUCUCCUCGACACUACCAGCCGGCCAGGUAUUUCCCGCGUCACUUUGUUUGGUCCUAGGCACUACAGCAGUCUAGAUGUGAAGGAGGCGCUCGAACAAGUGACUGGAAACAAGGGUGAACUCAUCACGAUUGAGAAGGAUAAGUUGGCCACAUAUUUUGCUAACCAUGUGCCUCCGGCGUAUGCCCAGGAGUUUGCGGGUAUGAUUCUUGCUACGCUACCUGGAGGAGUAAUGGCGGACGAUUUUGAGGACGGGGAGAACACAUUUAGGGGAAAGACGGAAUUGGUAGAUGGCUUGCGUGAGCUGUACGCGAAGCAAACAAACUAG